GAGUAACUUUUUAUAAGCGUGGCAGCCCUUCAGUUGUCAGGUCGUGUCUUAAGUUAAAAACACAAGCUUUCGAUUUAUAUUGGAAACUUUCAAGAAAUUGCAGUAAUGGUUCCGUAAUAAGCAUAAGAGAAAAUGAAAAGCGGCUCUCAUUUACAGCUAGGCCCUUUUGUCGUGGAACUAUCGUAAUGCUUAAUCUAGUAAGAAUUGCGUUUAGUAGGUGUUCACAUCGCAUUUACCUACAAGAUAAACAGCUGUUAUUUAAUAAUUGGUAGAAAUUACAAUAAUUGUAAUGUAUUUAAAAAAUAUUGUGGUAUAAUGGAGAUUUUAUCAUUACAUUUUACAAUAUGAGUACCAGAACCAGAUUUGACAGGUCAUAAUAUUAAAUCUAUCUGUACCAAAAUCUCUACUACAUAUGUACUAGGAAAUCAUGAUUUAUUUUAUUGAUCUAGAAGAAGGUUCUAUCUCCACCUUUUGUUGUCAAUCUUAACCAAAAACAAAAAUCUGUGAGCAGUCAAUUAUCGGUAUGUUAGAACAUAUCUCUAUUAAGGUUUUGAGGACAAAAAUCGGUAUACCUGGUUCCGUUGACCAGAACUUAAUAAAUAUAAAAUCAAUAAUUAAUAAUGGCAAAUAUGUCGAAUGACGUGCACCAUGCGAACGUUAUCAGCUGAGCGAGUUUGAUUAUCAUACUACGGCGAUAGCAAUGCCUUAGACUUGUAUAGCUUCUGAAUUAUAGUGCAAUCAUAAGUAUGAACUCAACAAUAAUCAACGAUUAAAAUGUGAGUUUAGACAUUGUCGCUGCAAGUUUGGCUCGCCUAUUGUGGAUGAGAAUCAUGACGCGACUGUACGUACCGUCUUUAAAUGAAUUGUGCUAUAAUCAUGCCGAGGAAUUUCUGGGAGAGACGACCGUUAACAGAACUAAUGGACUAACAGAGAUAGAACGAUGGUUGUGCAAUGAACAGCCACACAUUUGUAUGCAGAACGAGGCAAGAUACAUUAUUUAUUUUCUACGAACAACAAAGUUUGAUGUCGAAAAGGCAAAACGGAAAAUUGCUAUGUAUCACAAAAUUCGUGCGGAUCGCGUAGAAUGGUUUCAAAAUCGUGAUCCAUUUCUUCCCGAACUUCAGGAAUUGCUCGAUAUUGGUGUAUUUCUACCACUACGACAAAAAGAUGCCCACAACCGUCAGGUAGUGAUUAUAAGAACCGCUGCGCACAAUCCAAAAUACCACAGCCAAGAUAAUGUUUUCAAGGUAGACAAAAUGAUUCUAGAUUUGAUUCUACACUUGGACGAAACAAUAUCUAUCUACGGCAUUGUGGCAAUUUUUGAUAUGAAAAAUGUAACAUUAAGUCAUGCUCUACAACUGCCACCAUCCCUAAUUAAAAGAACUGUUGAAAGCUGGGAAAAUUAUCCUUGCCGACCACAACUUUUGGAAUUCGUGAAUGCCCCCAUUCAUGUUAAUGUGGUCCUAAAUGUUUUUAGGAGUUUCAUGAGUACGAAAAUGAAGUCACGUGUGAAGAUAUCUAGAAGAAUAACACAUGUAUCGAAGGUUAUCAAUUUGCCCCCAGAGCUAGGUGGAUCUGGAGACUCGUAUCACGAUCUCACUGUGUAUUGGAAGAAACAAGUACAAGAUCAUGCAAAUUGGUAUGCUGAAACAGAGAAGUUUAAUUUGCAAUCAUAAAUACAUUGCUUUAUUUUCAUAUUAAUAAUAAAUAUAUAU